AUGGCGGCCGAGGGCGGUAGCUGCAGCAUGGAGGGGAAGGAGCCCGAGACGGCAGUCACCUACUAUCGGCUCGAGGAGGUGGCGAAGCGCAACUCGGAGAACGACAUGUGGAUAGUGAUCCACGGGCAAGUCUACGACAUUACCUGCUUCCUCAGCGAGCACUCGGGAAGAGAAGAGGUUCUGAUUGAACAAGCUGGUCGGGACGCGACCGAAAGCUUUGAAGACGUGGGACACUCAUCUGAUGCCAAGGAGAUACUUAAACAGUACUACGUUGGGGAACUCCAUCCUAGUGACCGUAAAGGUGACGGAUCUGAGAAUUCAAGUUCAAUGUACAAAACCUGCUGGGCAAGUUGCAUUAUCCCUGUUGUGGGUGCUGUCCUCUUAGCUGUCAUGGAUCGUUUUUACAUGGCAGAGAGCAAGCUGUCCUGAGCCAGCCUCUUUGGGACCUGGAAAGUGAACACACUAAGAGAGAGAGAGAGAAAAUAUGCAGUCCUGCUCUGGUAGGAUUGCUGGAUUCCCCACUCUUUUAAUCCUUCCAAUUUUAUUGCCACUCUUCU